UAAACGUUACACGAAGAAGAAGCAGCUGGGAAAGCGCACCGCAUCCACAUCAUCAGCCUGUAUCGCGAUAUACCGCUGAUCUGUCCGGUUUCUUUCAUCACCGGUUUUAAUGUCACAAUAUUUGCUAGAGACCUUGAUCUCUGACAGACGCUUUAAACCUCAGUCAACACAGACGAUGCUAACAGGCUAACUGCGUCCUGUAGCGCGAGCUGUUAGAUCAGCUAAUUAAUUUCAUUCAUUAAUCAUUUAUUCUCGUUUUAUCAAGAUUUUAUUUUAUAUUUGUGCAACGAGAGAUCCAGACAGUAAACUGGACACACAUGUCGGUGAGGGUUGGAUCUGCAGAUUGAACUUUGUAAACUCGAUGAGGAGUUUGACAUUACACACAUUGUUAGGAAAAGCUCAGUCUGAGCUCGCCUUUUACUGCCUCUGAGAUUAAAGUCCUGAUUCCAGCAUGGCUCCCAAAAAGAGGCCCGGUCCUAUAGUGAUAACUGGAUCUGGAGAGACUGAGACCACCUCCACGCCCAUCGAUGCUGUAUCAGAAGCAAACAUCCAAGCUCUUCAGAAGAAGUUAGAGGAGCUUGACUUGGAUGAGCAGCAGAAGAAGCGUCUGGAGGCGUUCCUCACACAGAAAGCCAAUCUGGGUGAACUGAAGGACGACGAUUUCCAGCACAUCUGUGAACUGGGAGCGGGGAAUGGAGGUGUGGUCAAUAAAGUGUGUCACAAGCCCUCCGGUCUCGUCAUGGCCAGAAAGCUGAUUCAUCUGGAGAUCAAGCCUGCCUUCAGACAUCAGAUCAUCAGAGAACUGCAAGUUCUGCACGAGUGUAACUCUCCGUACAUCGUCGGUUUCUACGGGGCGUUCUACAGCGACGGAGAGAUCAGCAUCGGCAUGGAGCACAUGGAUGGAGGCUCUUUGGAUCAGGUUCUCAAAUACGCUGGCAGAAUUCCAGAGGAGAUCCUGGGGAAAGUCAGCAUAGCUGUUUUAAGAGGUCUUGCUUAUCUUCGAGAGAAGCAUCAGAUUAUUCACCGAGACGUGAAACCCUCUAAUAUUCUUGUAAAUUCUCGCGGUGAGAUAAAACUGUGUGACUUUGGAGUGAGUGGGCAGCUCAUCGACUCCAUGGCCAACUCUUUUGUGGGCACACGGUCCUACAUGUCGCCGGAGAGAUUGCAGGGCACUCAUUAUUCCGUACAGUCUGAUGUGUGGAGUAUGGGUCUGUCUCUGGUUGAGAUGGCCAUCGGCCGUUAUCCCAUCCCUCCACCUGACCCAAAAGAGCUGGAGGGCAUCUUUGGUAGACCAGUGAUGGAUGUUGGGGAGUCGAAGACACAAGGCACCUCUCCACGGCCCAGGGCACCGGGCAGAGCCGUCAGCGGUCAUGGGCCGGUGAUGGCUAUAUUUGAACUCCUGGAUUAUAUAGUCAACGAGCCGCCCCCUAAACUCCCACUUGGCAUCUUCACUCCGGAUUUCCAAGAGUUUGUGACCAAAUGUCUCAUUAAGAACCCGGCGGACCGGGCCGACCUGAAGUGGCUGAUGAACCACACGUUUAUUAAGCGUUCAGAGGUGGAGGAAGUGGACUUUGUUGGAUGGUUGUGUAAAACCGUCAGGCUCAAUCAGCCCAGCACGCCCAGCAGAACAGCCGAAUGAGGCCGACGCGCACGCACACACAACCUUAUGACCACCCUGAAUCCUGUUUUCUCUGUCAAUAAUGACACAUUGAGCAACGUUAUGACACUGUGUGCUCAUACCACACACGCAAAGCUGCUUAUUUGAUACUUUUACAGACAUGAGUGACUCCUAAAGAACACGUGUGAGUCAUAUUUCACUCCGUAAUCAAGACCAUGUAUUUUGUAUACAGAAAUAUGUUUAAGGGACUUUAAGAUGAACACACAAACAAUCUUGAUAUGGUCCUAAAAAAGGUUUUGAUUUCAUUUAUUAUCACAAACACUUUUUGUGGUUAAAGUGAAUUAGACAUGUUUUCGUCCAGAUUCACGUACAAUAUCUUCGGAUCACACGAACUUCACCACUGUCACUUUCAGAAUCACUUUAAGCAGUUCCUCUGCUAAUGGUUUACGUUUAUCCAUCAGAUGAGACAAAAUGUUUUAUUAUCAAAUAUAUCAUAUUUGUGCUGCUUUUGUUUUUCAGUCGUGUUUUAUACCACAUAUAUCCUCAAAAUAAAAACUGAUGUCCGUUCAGAAA